AUGUCAACAAGAGGCCGUUCCGGUUCCACUGGUACCAAGUUGCGCAUGACUCUGGCUUUGCCUGUCGGCGCAGUCAUUAACUGUGCUGACAACUCUGGUGCAAAGAAUCUUUACAUCAUUGCUGUCAAGGGCAUCAAGGGCCGUCUUAAUCGUCUGCCUUCUGCUGGUGUCGGUGACAUGGUUCUUGCCACCGUCAAAAAGGGUAAGCCCGAUCUUCGUAAAAAGGUUCAUCCUGCCGUUGUCAUCCGUCAGAGAAAGGCAUGGCGUCGAAGAGAUGGUGUCUUCCUUUACUUUGAGGACAAUGCAGGUGUUAUUGUCAACCCCAAGGGUGAAAUGAAGGGAUCUGCCAUCACUGGUCCCGUUGGCAAGGAGUGCGCUGAUAUCUGGCCCAAGAUCGCAUCGAGCGCUGGUACUGUCGUUUAA